CUCUAUCGGUUCCUAGAAAACAAAAACAAUCUAGGUACAUGAUUGAGAUAGCAUCAACACAAUAGGUAUACAGGCUCAACACAACUUUGACUUUGGUAAGCCGACUAGGCAGAUAUGAGUCAAGAACCAGCGACAACUCCAUCAUUUCCAGAUGCUCCUAUUACUCAAUUUCGCCUCCGCAGGGCGGGUCUCUUUGACCUCUCCUCCAUAGCUCGCGUAUGGUGUUCAGGGUUUUUCGAUGACGAGAUAAUCGGCGAUAUAAUGCAUCCGCACCGCCAACAGCAUCCUAAAGACGUGUACUGGUUCUUACUUCGUGGGAUUCGCGAACGAUUCUGGAAUUGGAGACAUCAAUUUAUCGUCGUUACAACAGACGACGGCAAUGGUAGAGAAAUUAUGGUCGGUGCUGCGGAUUGGCGAAGGCUUGGGUUUGGAGGAAGGGCAAGAGAACUCUGGCGAGUGGAUCCACGAAACCUCAUAUCCCCCUUAUUACGCAUGUACCACAACUUGUCUCUCCGUCUCUUUCCUAAUCGUGCCGCCAAUCCCUCCCGCUCUUCAUUUCUUGAUACCGCUGUCAAAGAGUCAGAGAAGUACUGGACAGGCAACCGUGCCGAGUGCUGGGAUCUCCAUGUCUGUGGCGUGCAUCCGGACUUCCAGGCCAAAGGCGCGGGGAAGCUUCUGGCACAAUGGGGAGUACAAAAGGCGAAAGAAGAGGGAGAUGGAGUAUGUGCAAGCGUGCUUUGUGGAGAGAAGAAUCGCGGGUUUUAUGGAAAGGCCGGGUUAGGAGUGCAGGUGGGUGGAAGCGAGGGGAAAGAAGGGGGAAUCGCAUUGUUCACACGGUAGAUUGAUACAUAUGAGCAAAGAGACG